AUGCCUCCUACACCGUUGAAGAAGCAAAAACCCGAUCGUCAAGAUCGCCGCUCCGAGCCACAAGAAAGCGAAGAAGAGUGGGCGCUUUGGAAGAAGAUUCAAACCCUUCAAGAGACUCUUGAGAAGCACGAAGAGACAGGGAUCGAUUUGGCCGAACAGGUCAAUAAGUUGGUCGCGAAAGCAAACGAACUCGAGUCAGCGAAUGAUGAAGAGGAACGACAGAAUUUGCAUAUUAAAAUGAGAGAAUUGUGUAAUCAGGGGAUUGAAACAUCAAGGAGGGAAUCUAGUACAGCAAAGCAACUCGCCGAAGAGAUAGAUCAGUUGAUGACGCUUUUGCGUUCCAAAGAGAGUCGCAAAUCUCCCAAGGGUACACUUUUGACUGUCAAAGCGUUUAUGAGAUUGAUUACCAGUAUUUACUGUGAAAUGUUCUUCAUAGAUUCGCGGCCGUCCGCAUCAAAUUCGCUUUCUUUCAAUGCGUCGCUCUCGUCAUCUUCCAUAUCAACGACAUUAGACGAUGGGAGUCGCUCACCAAUUAAGAAAAGAAAGCUUAAGGAAGAUAAUCCAAAACCGAAGAAGUUGAAAACACCGAGAAAAACUAAUACAAUUUUGCCUGCGCAAAUGGUGGCAGCAAAGCAACCAAAAGCUAAAGACCCGGAAGAGAACUGGAUACUAGCUACUGUUAUAGCUUAUAAUGAAGACUCAAAUACAUACGAUGUUGAAGAUGCUGACGAAGAAUCUGCCGGCAAAGCGCCGAACGAAAGAUUCAGAGUUCCAGCCAAACAUGUAAUACCCUUAUCAAAAUCCGGACAACAGUUUCCGUAUUUCGCGGCUCAUCAUACAGUAUUGGCACUUUACCCUUUGACGACAUGUUUUUACAAAGCGGAAGUGGUGACGCCGCCAAGCAAAACAGGGUCACAAAAGAGCCAAUACAUUGUUGCAUUCGAGGAUGAUGACGGAAUGCAUCGAGCUGUUGAAGCUGUGAAUGUAUUAGAUUACCCCAAAGUGAGUGCUGAAAAGAUAGAAUUUGGGAGAGUUGACAGUGACAACAGGUGUGAUUGA